AUGAGCAAUCUCAAUCGUCUGCUCUCAGACCCCAGGGCGGGCUUCGACAAGCUGACGGAGGAAGAGCGAAUCGCCAGAGAGGCAGACAUCAGUACUGAUAGUGGUAGCGAAGGCGCCAGCAGUACCGACAGUGAUGAUGAAACUGGUCAGCCAGCACAAGACACCACCAAGUCAAAGCGCAAGGCCUCACAGGAACUCGUUAAUGCAUCUACCAAGGCUACCAAGCACUCCAGCACUGGAAAAGAGCCAUCUACCAGUAACCUAAAGUUCCCCAACGGUGCACUUCGCAUUACACGCACAGAAGGAAGAAAGAAAGCCAAGAACUGUGUCGGUCUCGAGGACUUGGUCGACAAGCAGAGCCUUGUGUCGGCCUGUAUCUACUCCUACUUUAUAGCCGAUGGCGACUUGUUGAAAUAUUUGCCUCUCUCAAAGACGUCCAAUGAUGUCCCGAUAUACAUUGGACGAGAUGUCGGCUAUGACGAGCAUAUCAAUGGCGGUGCUGCUGCGAAAGCGGGCCUGCAAAUCAAGGGCAAAGCAACCAAGAAGCAGCUCGAUGUUAUGGAGUCCGAUAUUCACAGAAGAUAUCAAGAUAUGUAUGGUAAAAAUUACCAUGCUUUCAAUGCCUGGGCUCCGGGGUCUGCCCACACCAAGAUCUUACUUCUAGUAUAUCGGUCAUUUCUACGUCUGGUCAUCACGUCAUGUAACAUGAUGGACAGUGAUACAGUUCAUGGCGAUAACCACUGGUAUAUCCAUGAUAUACCACGGCUCACAACCCGAAGCCAGAAGAUGACAGCCACUAAGUUUGAGCAAGAUUUACUCUCUCACUUGCGUUCGCUUCGGGUACCGCACACAUUCAUCGACUCGAUCGAAGGGCAAUUCGACUACUCUAGUGUUCGAGUUCAGCUUAUCACGUCCGUACCAGGAACUUGGUCUGGCGCAAAGGCCGAACAGCAUGGCCUUUUGCGACUCCGAAAUGCCGUGAAUACACUCGGUCUUGGCUUGCCAAAGAAGAAUUCCGAAGGAAAGCUACAGAUUGAAGUCUGCGCUGCGAGUAUUGGCAAACUCAACGCGAAGUGGCUCAAUGGCUUUCAUGACUGCGUUUUGGGAAAACAAGAUCUCACGGUUGCGCGUGAAGAUUGUCAAAUACCAAACUUGAAAAUUUUCUAUCCGACAAGAGGCAAUUUUGAAGAUGCGCAUAAAAGUGCACAACAGGGAGCCACGAACCUUGGUUGCCAUACGAAACCAUGGAAAUCUGCGCACGAUGACAUAAAAAGACUUUUUCAUCACUACGUGUCCAAAGACCCCGGGUGUUUACUGCAUCAGAAACUUAUUGCAGUUUUCAAUGGAAGGGACCGUUUGAAGACGCUAUACUUUCUCUACAUUGGCUCUGCCAAUUUGUCCCAGUCUGCCUGGGGCGCACUGGAGGAUGACAAGAGGGGUAAUGAUGCAACCAGCGGAACCAAACUUGUGAAGACGACCAACCUGGAAUGCGGUGUUCUGAUUCCAGGACGUCUCAUCGAGGAUCUUCUCGAACCGGGGACGGAGAGUUGGAUAGAGGGAGUAAUUCCCUACGAACAGAAUGCCAGGCAAUAUGAUCUCCUACGAGAUGAGCCUUUCACUUCUGAUAUGUGGGUCAGGGAAGAGAAUUGGCGAGACGACUAUUAG